UGCGCCGCGCCCCAGCCGCUCCUGUGGUUGGAGCUUGUGGGCCAAGGGGAGCCGAGGCAGGAUGGAGCCGCCCAGGCUGGGGCCACAAAGCAGCAGCCAGAGUCUGGGGGUCGGCAGGACAAGAAGUUCGAGCUGCGCAUGGACGUGCCCGGCUUCUCGCCGGAGGAGCUGACAGUGAGGCAGGAGGGCAGGAAGGUGACAGUGACAGGGAGGCGUGAGAAGCAAAGCCCUGGAGAGGAUGGAGACAGCUUCGUGGAGUACCGGGAGCUGCGCAGGGAAAUGCUGCUGCCUGUGGGCCUGGAUGUGGAGGCUGGGACCUGCUCCCUGUGCUUUGAUGGACAGCUCCGCAUUGAGGCACCGCGCCUGGCCCUGCAGCCCGCAGAGGGGAAAGCCAUUCCCAUCAGCAUCCAGGCGGGAGAGGGAGCCACACAAGGAGACACUGCUGCCAAGGAGGGGGAGACCUGA